CAUCCGUACCCGUCAGAAGACCAAAAGAAGCAAUUAGCACAAGACACAGGGUUAACGAUACUACAAGUAAAUAAUUGGUUUAUCAACGCGAGACGUAGGAUAGUACAGCCCAUGAUAGACCAAUCGAAUAGAGCAGUGUUCCCGCACGCGGGCCCAAGCGGCGCGUACAGCCCCGAAGCGACCAUGGGCUACAUGAUGGACGGACAGCAGAUGAUGCACCGGCCGGCCACCGACCCCGCAUUCCACCAGGGCUACGCGCACUACCCGGCGGACUACUACGGGCACCAUCUCUAAUGCACAUUGUACAUAUAUGAAUAACAGUGACACCGUUUGGCAAGGCGCGCGGCCGCUCGGCGCUCGGUAGACCCGCGCGACACCCGCUCGGCAGCCGCGCGACACACGCGCGACUCACGCGCGACACCCGCUCGGCCCCGCGGGCAGCGCGCGCUCGCCAAGUGAUAUACAGGAGACAACUACGCUAAUGUACAUAAACAAAACAAUUUUGUAAUAUUUGAAACAGUAUACGAUCUCCUAAAAUAAGAUUUAAAGUCAACUUUAAUGUUUAAAUUAAAUGUAAAAUAACGAGUGACACUGGACGCUGUAAUAUAACUGGUGCAAUCACCUAAUAUAAAUAAAUAAUAAACAGUUUUAUCACUCGAAACAAUAGGAGCAAAGAGGAAUGUAACAAUAAAAAUGGUUUAAUAUAGUUAUCGUAUAAAUAUUUAUAGCUAAUUGUGUAUUGUUAUUACGUAAAUAUAAAUAAUUGAAUAGUUGUAAGUUGUAACAAUCACUGGAAGUACUAGGGACGCAGUGGACAGGCGGUAAUAGCAACGGGAAUUUUUAGGAUGCGCAUGAGUUGGUACGACGAUGGCUUUUGUUCUGCGGGGCGUGCGCCGCACUCUUUGCUUGUUUAUUUCAAUUUAUCUAUCAAUUUGCAUUAUUUUUGAGAAAAACUUUUUGGUAACGAAAAUACUAUUUUAUAAGCGGAAUAAAUUAGCAAAAAAUAUUUCUCAACAUUUCAAUCAUAAAAUAUUAAACAAUACUAAUUAGACACCAUUUUGUAUACGGACGUUGCCAAUAUAGUUGGCGCACGCCCUCGUACCUUUCAUAACCGACAGUUUGUAUAACUGAGUAUUGUUUCGUGUUGCUUCUGUUACCUACAACUAAUUUAUUGAACCACAAUCAAGCUCAAACGUACUUCUAGCUGAACGUCAAUUUCUUCAUACAUAAUUUUAAUUGUCCGCGUAGUUUCGUGAUUUUGCGUUACAGGUCGAAUACAUAUCUUUGAAUAUAUAUUUAUUAACUAUAUUAAUGAUAUUGUGAUCCCGAUAUCAUUGUUUCACUUGCCUUCGUGUUCACGAUGUAGCACAAUUUGUAACCGAUGUAUACGAAUACGAAAUGAUAUUUUACAAUGUUGAAAAAGAGAUUUUUAGGUAUAUUUUGUCUUGUGAAUACCUGACAUUGAUUGCCUUCUACGUUACCAGGUGACCAUAAAUUUUUAAUUGUUCUGACUGCCGAAGGGCGCAGGGCGGGCGGCGGACGCGUGUUCAACUGAACGGAACCAAUAUUAAGGGAUAGGGUUCCCCGCCCGCCCUGGGCCUUUCGCAUAGAUGUUAAAUGGAAACAUGAAUCGUGUGAUUUUUGUGACUGAUGAUAAGUAUUGUGAGCUUCUCCUAGAUUACAAGCCGCCGGGUCCGCGGAUCGUCGCGUUUACCAAGAAGGCAAUAUACGAAUACUAAAAUGUCUCCGGCGACACGCGGCCCGGUGGCCUAAUAAUUCUAAAUAAUCAUGAGAAUACGUUACGGUAAUGCACCGCAUUACAGCCUUAUGAUAUGUAUACGAACGGGAGCUAUUAUGUCGAUGGUCCUAGCUACGGUUAACUUUGAUAGCGGAAUGAGUUAUCCGGAAACAAGCUUUAUUCUAGGAUAAUUAAAACCACCAUAUUGUCUUGCGAAUCACCUGUGAAGUGAUUUUCCCGGCGAGGCUCGUGUUGCGGUCGAGUCCCACCCGACGCGGCUUCCAUUUUAACGAACGAGUAAAACAAAAUGGCGACCGCAACGACCAUCGGCGGGAAAAGCACACCACAACUUAGUGUCUCAUAUUAGAAGAAAGUUUGUUAUCUUUUGUAAAUAUACUUAUCAAAUUAUAUAUAACGUCUCUUUUACUUUGUAUAUUACCGUUUAUUUUCCAGUGAAGUCUCAGUAUUAAAAAGGUCAAUAAUUUCGGAAUAAUACUUUCGCAACACCUGACUUUGUUGAUAUUUCCCUUUUAUUAUUGUUAUUUGCAUUGCGUGUAAUAUAUUUUUAUUAAGAGAAAAAUCUUAAAUAGUAGUUGUUAGGUAUUAAUGUAUUAAUUGAAGAAUUUUAUUUUGAUUUUUCUCUUUAUUAUAUAUGUAUAUGUACAUUAUAUAUAAUGAUUUGAAAGUCAUGAAGUUAUUGUAAAUAUAGCUACUAAAGGACAUGUGCGUCGGUCAGCGGAAAGUUUCAAUUACUGAAUGGUUCGAGACAAAGUUAAUUAUAUAUUUGUAUUGUAUAAUUUCGGCGAGGUACAUAUUAUUAUAAAUAUAAAAUAUACAUGGAUAGUGAACUGGUUUAUAUAAUAUAAAGAUAUAGUAACACCUGCGCUGACGAGACGUGAGAACACUGGCGGAACUGUGUCGGCAUUAUGAAUGCUACGAAUU